UCAUUUUCAUGGUGUUCUUGCUUCUAAAGGUGGCACAUUCAGACGCCAUUCAGGCGAAUUUCAGCUUCUAUGGGCUAUUAAAGCUUGAAGGCGUCCUCGAGGUAGAUUCCAAUGGUGUAAUCGUCAUCACGAACUCGACCACACAAGAUGCGGGCUACAUGUAUUACAGCAGUCCCCUCCAGUUCAAGAAUUCCUCGACUGGUGAUGUCUUCUCUUUCUCUACGACUUUUGUCUUCGCUGUUCCUUCUGCAGACCUUUCAGAUGGGAGCGGAUUUUCCUUCAUCAUUUCGCCCUCUAAGGGGAUUCCUGGAAUCUGGCCGCACAACAGUGCCCGGUCACUGAACAAUUCCAAUUACUGGAACAGUUCGAACAACGUGAUCGUACUCGAACUCGACCGGAUCGUCAGUAACAAUCAAUAUGGGAGUUCGAAUCUCAUGCUCAAAACAGGAGAGCCGAUCCAAACUUGGGUGGAAUACAACAGCGCCAACAACCAAGUCAAGGUCACCUUAUAUCCGGUUAAUACGCCGAGACCUAGUGUCCCUCUCGUCACCUUGACGCAAGAUUUUUCUUCUUACAUGGACGAGGACAUGUAUGUCGGCUUCUCAUCGUUCACAGAAACAUCUUCAACAUCUCAUUACAUAUUGGCCUGGAACUUCAAAAUGAAUGGCGAAGCUGAAGACAUCGAAGCGUCUCGGCUUCCUAAACUUCCUAUAGGCGCUGGAGGAAAUGGAGGAUACAGAAAUAUAAAGAAGAUCUUAGCGGUAGUUCUGUCCCUAUCGGCGGCUACUUUUGUCCUAGUUUUAAUUUUCGGUGCGAUCUUGGUUUCAAGGAAGAGGAGGUCUAGGGAAGUGUUGGAAGAUUGGGAAGUCCAGUAUGGACCGCAUAAGUUCACCUACAAGGAACUCUUCGCCGCCACAAAGGGCUUCAAGGACAGAGAGCUUCUUGGGAAAGGAGGGUUCGGCCGAGUGUACAGAGGACUCUUGCUGGCGUCGAACAUGCAGAUCGCGGUGAAGAGGGUCGCCCAUGAUUCCAACCAAGGGAUGAGAGAAUUUGUUGCAGAAAUCGCCACCAUUGGCCGCCUUCGGCACCCAAACCUCGUCAGGCUCCUCGGUUAUUGCAGGCACAAGCAAGAACUUUUCCUAGUCUAUGAUUACAUGCCCAAUAAAAGCCUAGACAAGUACCUGUACGGGCAACCGAAAUUGACGCUUGAUUGGGGAAUGCGAUACAAGAUCCUGAAGGAUGUGGCGGCGGCACUCUUCUAUUUGCACCAGCAAUGGGCACAAGUGGUCAUACACCGGGAUAUCAAAGCCAGCAAUGUCCUGAUAGACGGCGAAAUGAACGGGAGAUUAGGAGAUUUCGGCCUGGCCAAGUUAGUUGACCACGGUACCGACCCCCAAACAUCAGUCUUGGCAGGUACGCUGGGCUAUAUUGCACCUGAACUUGCCCGGACCGGCAAAGCGAGCACGAGCACUGACUUGUUCGCAUUCGGGGUUUUCAUGCUGGAGGUCGUUUGUGGCAGGAGGCCGCUGCAUCCAAGAGCGCCAGCAGAUCAAAUUCUUCUGGCCGAGUGGGUGCUAAACUGCUGGGAAAGGGGAGAACUUCUGGAGGUCGUGGAUGGGAGGCUCCGGAACGACUACGCAGCCGAAGAAGCUGAACUGGCAUUGAAGCUCGGCCUCUACUGCUCGCACGCGGUGGCAGCCGCUAGGCCCAGCAUGUCUAGUGUGGUUCAGUACUUGAACGGAGUCUCGAGACUGCCCGACAACUUGCGCGACAUAAUUGAAGCUCGGGACUUCCCCGGAAGCACUAGUGCGACGAGCUCGGUCGUGCCACGGAGCAUGUCGAUCUCUUCGCUGACGUUCUCGGCAUCUCUGGUCGCCGACGGGCGCUAAAGAUUGCCGGGUUUUGUUUCGAGUUCUCUUUCUCUAAGCUUAGUAUGAAUAGUUAGUUACCUUCUUAACCACCUCUCAUUUGAAUUGCUUAUUUAUCAAGAUUUCUAUCGAGUCACAAAUUUAUAUAUUUGCUUUUGGUUAGCAGCCUUACAUUUACUGACAUUUUGUUUGUUUGUAGAUAACCAA